GCUCUCCUUGGACUCCGUCCUCUUCGGCUGCAGGUAUCUGAUCAGGGUGCUGCCCCACCUAUCAGGGCUGAGUCACUCAAAGGGACUAUUGCAGGAGGGGCUGACCAGGGACUUCCCCUGCUCCAAACUUCCCCAAUAGCUGGCCAUGUCAUCUUCUCUCUCUCUCUCUCUCUCUCUCUCUCUCUCUCUCUCGGUUCCUUUCACUCUGCUCCAGAGGCAGCCAUGGCUGGGGGGGAAGAGUUCCGGCUCCUGGUGGUGGUGUCUUGGUGGUUUGGGGUCCUGGAGGCUCCUGCAGGUAAAGGGGACAGCAAUGUUUUGGUAAUGAGUAUCAAUUGCCGGCGGGGUGUGUGUGUGUGUGUGUGUGUGUGUGUGUGUGUGUCUUGCUUCACUUUGCCUUUAAAGGCUGACCUGCCUAAUCUGCACUCUCUGAAACAAUAUAUGAAGUGAAAUGCAACUAUCCUUUGAAAUCUGGGAUUCUCCAAAUUUUGCAGGGCAGUUCUCCUGCCAAGUAAUGUGCACAAUGCUGCAUAUAACAGGGUGAACUGUGCACAAAAACGCAUAUAUUUGUGAAAAUAACAUGCAUCAGUGUAUUUGGGGAAAUUGUUUGAAUGUCUAUAACAGUGACUGCUUGGAGGUUUUUGAAGUGUUAACUGGUUUAUAAAUGCUUCAGAAUAAAAAUAAAAUAUUAGGAGAAAUAUGGACCAACAUGAAGAUUAAUUUUCAUGAGGAAUUUUUUAAAAAAUCAUUACAAACUGAUGUGGAAAUAUGGAGAACUGAAUUCAAGAUUAGAAAACUGAGAAAUUAGAGAAAUUGAAAUUGACAAAUUCACCCACCCCUAGUAGUGAGGGAGAGUGGCCACCAUUCUCUGGCAGGGCCUGUUCCUGUGCCUGCAAAGCAAGCAGAAAUUAAGCCAAUAAUGUCCUCAUGCGCACAGACUCCUCUGAGCUGCAUUCUGGGGAAAGCUUGAUGUCCUUAACUUUUGUGUACUGGUAGCUAAGUGACAAUCCUGGACAUAGGCUGUGUUUAGUUGCCACUUUUUAUUUCCGCAGCAGCACUGCCCUGCCUUUUUACCAGCUGCAUAGCAGGCAGGAAUUCUGUGCACACAAUCCUUUCCCCAGUAUAUGCGAUAGGGAAUACUUUGCCUAUUGGAUUUUUGCCUGUCAUGCAGAUGCUAAGCCCAGGACCCUCACCAUGGGAAAAGGGUAGCAGACUUGGGCGGCAUCUGGGGUGAUUGGGGACGUGGGUGGCGCUGUGGGUUCAACCAUAGAGCCUAGGACUUGCCGAUCAGAAGGUCGGCGGUUCGAAUCCCUGCGACGGGGUGAGCUCCCGUUGCUCAGUCCCUGCUCCUGCCAACCUAGCAGCUCGAAAGCACGUCAAAGUGCAAGUAGAUAAAUAGGUACCGCUCCAGCGGGAAGGUGAACGGCGUUUCUGUGUGCUGCUCUGGUUCGCCAGAAGCAGCUUAGUCAUGACCCGGAAGCAGUACGCCGGCUCCCUCGGUCAAUAAAGCGAGAUGAGCGCCACAACCCCAGAGUCGUCCACGACUGGACCUAAUGGUCAGGGGUCCCUUUACCUUUACCUAGGGGUGCUUAGGAAGCUUUCAGGCCCCUUUAAGUCACAGAUUUGGCUUAAACAUUUCCAUGCAACCUGAGAUGUGAAAGGUACCGUAAAUAGUGCGAAACCUGCCUAUUAUGUGACCAAAGUAUCCCACGGGUAUAGAACUUACUUAUCGCUUCUUACCAAAUCUUCCCUUGGAAGGGCUUGGAUUCUCGUGUGGUUUCAGCAGAGACCUUUUGUUGUCCAGGAGGACUGAUGCAGAACAAUCCCUUUAUAACUUGAAGCAUUUAUUUAAAUAAUAAAUAUGUUGCUAUUCAGCAAUAUAUAAACAGCAGGUCACAAAAUUAGAAUAAAAUACCCAAACCAAAAUACAAUGCAAUGGAUCCUUUCCCUUAACCCAACAGUUAGUCUUUAAUGGCAAUGCAGCUCAGCCUUCAUGGGGCAUUUGGGGGCGGGGCUUCCCCAUAGUUAUUUUCCCACUAAAGCUUUUUUCAUGCUUUGUCAUGCAUCCAUCUUGUGCAUGGGUAGUGCUGUUUUGGCUACAUAAGCAGCACCACUCACCUCUGAACACCAAUAACAGAGCAGCAAAACAGUAUGAACCAAGGAAUACUAGAACAUAGGAAUACUAGAACAUAGGGAGCUGCCCUAAUACUGAGUCAGAUCCAUUUAGAUCCAUUUCUUGAUCCAUUUAGUCAUCCAGUAUUGGAUGACUAACGAUCCAGUAUUGUCAAGAAACAGGCUGGGUUUCAGGCACCUCCUCCUUGCAAAUGCCAGGGAUCAAACCAAGGAGCUUUUGCAUGCCAGGCAGCUGUUCUGCCAGUGAGCGAUAGUCCUUCCUAUGCAAAGAUUAUAGCUGUUGGUUCUCAAGGGCCAACUGAAACAACAAAGGUUUUACCCAUACAGUGGUACCUCUGGUUAAGAACUUAAUUUGUUCUGGAGGUCCGUUCUUAACCUGAAACUGUUCUUAACCUGAGGUACCACUUAAGCUAAUGGGGCCUCCCGCUGCCGCCGCUGCACAAUUUCUGUUCUCAUCCUGAAGCAAAGUUCUUAACCCAAGGUACUAUUUCUGGCUUAGCGGAGUCUGUAACCUGAAGCGUCUGUAACCCGAGGUACCACUGUAGUUGAAAAAUUGCUCCAUCCUUCAUAGGGUUUCCAGGUUUCUUUCCUGGUAGAGCUUUUGUAAAAGUAAUAACAGCUUCCCGGCAGGGAGCUGUUGAGUCAGAGAAACUUUUUCUGGCCUGAAGCGAUGAGAAAUCACAAGUGAGUCCCGUGGCUUCCUGAUGUUUGCUAUGGCACAAGUGGUCAUGGGCAAUUGGUAGUUUCGCCAGAUGCAUGCUAGCAAAACAGUUCACCUCAUUAGGGUCUGCAGACCCAGCAGCUGCAUGAAGCAUUAACCUCACUUGGCAGACGUCCAUAAGCAGUGAUAGAAACUCAGAUUUAUAAGCUAGGCACCAAAUGGCUCCUUAAACCAAGGUUACAGUCACCAAAAUGCAGUGGCGGAGCUUCAUGCUUCGGCACCGGAGGGGGGGGAGAGCAGGUGGGGGCGGGGCUGGCGCACGUCCCGGGGGCGUGGCAUGUGUCCUGGGGGCGUGGUGCCCAGCGUGGGAAGGGGGGAGCUGUGAUGGCACCCCACCGGGAUGGUGCUGCCGGGGGCAACGCACUCCCCCCGCACUCCUCUGCCAGUGCCAAAAUGGAACAUCUAGUUGCCAUUUUGGGGCAAAACGGUUCUAAAGUCUUGUUUUCCAAAUGUUGGACUGACUCUGAUCGAUUCUCUGGCCAGUUCAGAUGACAACCUUGAGCUAAGUUAAGAGCUUUGACAACUUAAAGAAGAAAAGUCACUUGCUCCAGGGACUGUCCACAUAUAUAUUUGCCUGUUCUGACCUAUUUUUCUUAAUGGUGACAUGGACCAUUCAUAACGUAGGAAUAUUCUUCACAACUGUGAGCAGGGCAGGGGUGGGGGGACAAAGACGAGCUACUGCAAUCACUAUAACGCUGUUCCCUGCUCAGGCCGCACAGAAAAACAUUUUGGUUCCUCAAAUUCAUUCUGAUUGUGCAGAUAAAAUAUAACUGAAAGAGUUCUACAGGAUGUGGUAUUAGUACAGUGGUACCUCGGGUUACAUACGCUUCAGGUUACAUACGUUUCAGGUUACAGACUCCGCUAACCCAGAAAUAGUGCUUCAGGUUAAGAACUUUGCUUCAGGAUGAGAACAGAAAUUGUGCUGUGGCAGCAGCAGGAGGCCCCAUUAGGUAAAGUGGUGCUUCAGGUUAAGAACAGUUUCAGGUUAAGAAUAAUAAAUUAUAAUAAUCAUAAUAAAUUUUAUUUAUAUCCCGCCCUCCCCAGCCGAAGCCGGGCUCAGGGCGGCUAACAACAAUAAAACAGUACAAAGUACAACACAAACAACACUCUAAAAUCAUUCAUUAUAAAAUUAAUUAAUUCAAGCCACUGGCAACCAUUGGACCAGAGCUCCGCGAAGAUUGCCGAGGGAGGGAGUCAGGCUGUGCCCUGGCCAAAGGCCUGGUGGAACAGCUCUGUCUUGCAGGCCCUGCGGAAAGAUGUCAAGUCCCGCAGAACUCCGGAACGAAUUAAGUACUUAACCCGAAGUACCACUGUAUGUGAAAACAGUCAAAAGCCAACGACCUAAGCAGUUAUGUGGGCUUCUACAAUUUCCCCCUCCAACUGCAAGUUCUCAGGCUUUUAGUACCAGUUCGAGUGACAUGGAGGAAGACACAUGGUCCUUUGGAUCCGCCACCAUGUGUUCUCUUUUUUUAUUAUAAAAAUUAAAAAAUUUAAAAGUUAUCUAGUUAAAUAUAAUACUAUUCUAAGGCGGAGGAAACUGGCAACCGGUUGCUGCUAUGGGAGGGUGGGUGAGGUUGCUCUAGGUCAGGGCUGGCCGAGCUUUUCUUUCUUUCUUUCUUUCUUUCUUUCUUUCUUUCUUUCUUUCUCUCACAUAUUUUAUUAAAGAUUUCUUGGUUUACAAAAGUAUGUGCAAUGUCUUUUUUUUGAAGUUACAUUUUCUACAGAUCAGUUUCAUUUGUUGAGACAUUAGUGUUACAUUAGGAGGGAAAUGGGGAGAGGGGGGGGAGGUGAGUGGGUGGCAAUGCUUCUCUUCUCCGUGGGGUAUAUGUGGGGUUUUGUGUCAGCGUCACGUGUGGGUUCCCUUUACUAUUCACUUGUAUUUCUUUGGUGGGGAGAGAAGUUGGGGUUGGCCUAGGGUGUGGUUGGUUAGUUGUGAUUGGCUGUGGUGAACUUUGUUUCCAUGUGUGUGUGUUUUUGGAUCACAGAUUAGCCAGAUUGCUGUUGGUGGGUUCUUGUUGUUCUCUUGUUGGGUUGUGAAUGUGAUAAAGGGUGAAGGCAUCUUCUUCUAUUUGUCCCUGUGUCAGUUUCAGUUUGUUGGUUAGUUUUUCUAAUAAGGCUGUUUCCCAUACUAUUUGAUACCAUUGGUGUUGGUCCAUGUUUACUCCUAACAGGUCUCUCCAGUGUCUGGCUUUGAGGCUUCUGGCUGCUGAGAGUAGGUGGGUUAUGAGCUCUUUAUGAUGUGAGUGGGCAUUAUUAUCUUGGAAGAUGUUUAGUAGGGCCAGUUCUGGGGUGACUUCUAAUACUUGCUUAGUUAUUUUGCAUAUUUCUUGUAUGAUUGUUGUCCAGAAUAGUUGGUUUUGGGGGCAUUCCCACUACCUGUGGAUGUAUAUGCCUAUGGAAGUGCAUCCUCUCCAGCAUUUUGGGGACAUUCCUAAGCGUAUUAGUGCUAGUUUCCUUGGUGUUAGGUACCAUCUGUAAGUAUGUUUCAGAACAAGUUCUUUCCUUUUCGCUGAUAUGGAUUUAAACAGCCAUAUUAGACCAUAUUCUAGUCCACUGGGUGGGGUUAAUGUCGUCCUCCCAAUUUUUUUGAUUACGUCUAGGGGGUUUGUGGGAUUUUGGAGUAGUAUUUUGUACAUUGUGGACACCAUCCCUUUGCCGUGUCCCUUUGUUGUUAGGAGGAGGUUUUCAAAGGUUGUCAGGGGCCUAGUUGCUGCUGAUUUUAAGAGGGCAUGUAGUUGGUGUGCUAGCCAGGGCAUUCGGGUGUCACCUCGUUUGUCUUGUAUUUCUUGUGUUGAUAAGGGUUUGUUAUCUGGCCGACCUUUUCAAGCCUCACCUGGGACUACCUCCCAGGGGUGAUGGAUGGGGCCCAGAUGCAGAAACAGGCACAGCACUGGAUGCAAACCUUACCUGUUGUAGGGACACCCCAACUGUGUCAAAGCCAGAGAUUCCUAUGCACACACCUCUGUCCAUUCGUCUUCCAGGCAAGCGGGAGGCAUCAAGGAGGGUGUGGCCUGAAGGGAGUCCCCAAGGCCACAUAGGGAACUCACAGCUCCCCAUUUGUGCUUAGGAGGGGGAUUCCUAUCCUCAUGCUUGCAGCCUGCUCUCAGCUGGGUUUUCUCAUUUCAGGAGCGCAAAAUGUUUUCUGCUACGGGGCAUUUGAUGUGACUUCAGGGAAGUGCAACGACCUGCUGGGGGAAGGGGUUGCCCAGGACGACUGCUGCCUAAACCACCAAUACGGCUUCCAGCUGGACAGGAAUGGGCCAUGCCAGGCCUGCCAGUGAGUGUCACACCAGAAUCCUAUCACUAACCACUGUGCCCAUGUUUCACUCAGCACCUUCUCUAGCUCUCCCAAUCUCUCUUGCUGGAGAUCCCCAAAUACCUUCUGUGGCUACGAGCCAGAAUGGCAUACUCUACCUCCAAAGAGCAGUUGCUCGGGAUCACAAGUAGGGAGAAUGCUGUUGUGCUCAGGACUCACACCAUAUGCUCGUUUAACACAUGGACUUCCCCCCAAGGAAUCCACAGGAACUACAGUUUGCUAAGGGUGCUGAGAAUUGCAGCUGUUGUAUGAGGGGGUGAACUAUAUUUCCCAGGAUUGUCUGGAGGAAGCCAUGUGCUUUAAAUGUGCACCAAAUUUGCUGUCAAUGGAUUGUGUAUAAGUGGUUACAGCAUGAAGCUCACUUUUUUUCUUUCUCCCACCCUAGCCGAGGCACCUGGCAAAUGCCAAGGCCCCUGGGCUCCAGAGGGCCAAACACUGGCCUCCCUUAAAAGUAUGUUUGGAUGCUCAGCUGGUUCAGCCACCAACCUCAUUAUCCCCAAUGGGACUCCCUCCCCCCCAGACACUACGCCAGGGGUUGGGCCUUAAAGCACAGGGGAUAAUUACAUACCAUAAGUCCCUGGUGUGGCUGUAGCUGCCUUGCCUAGUACCGGGUCAACUACACACAGACAACAUGGAGGGGGGGGGGUCCCUGUAAAGGUAUUGUCCUGCUGUUAAAUUUGGAAUGUUGGUUAAUCAACCAGCAUGACAUCCUCUGCUUUUUGUACAGCUUUUGUGAGACCACAAUUUGACUGUGAUAGUGUGUGUGUUAAAUGCAAAUAAGCACUUUGCUACAGGCAAAUAUUUUCCCCGCAACGAUAUGGCUUCCUUGUGAACAGAAAAUCUAAGUAGGGUGCUGCCCUCAUUGCUGUCUAACUAGUGUGUUGGGAAUUAGCUCACCGUAAUACAAAUUUGCACCUAGACUUUGUGAGUGCGCAGUUAAGGGAGGAAUUUAGUAUAGCCUUAGGCAGAUUGCUCUGUCAGCACCAGCCUGAAUCUCCCCUCUCCUUCCUGCUACAUGCUGUUUGGAGAGUUCUCCUGACCCCCCAGAGCCCAUUUGGGGUAGCAGUGGUGGUGGGCAUGGGGAGGAGAAGCUGGUGGAAGUCCUUCCAGAGUCUUUGGCCCUGGGGCUCUCUGCAGGAAGCAGAGCUUCAACUCCAGUUGCGGAUAUUUUUGGAUGUGGUAUUUUUGGGUUUGGUUUGAAGAUAGAGCGGGAGAGAGGGCUUCUGAAGGGUGUUUAGAGGGUGCUCCCCACUUAACGCAGUUUCACGGAAGUGCGUGGGGGCCUACAUAACCCCCAUGCAAGUGGGGAGUCACUGUACUUUAAUUCUGCCCUGGGUUAUCUGUGGAAUUUCCCUGGGGGAUUUUUAUGACUCCCCAUAGCAGGGAGGACUCGUAACCUCCUCCUCCUCUUUCUUUUUGCACAGGGCAGCCCACUGGAGUGACUGGUCCCCCUGGAGCCCCUGCUCUGUUUCCUGCAGGGAAGGCGUCCAACGGCGCAACCGGACGUGUCAUGGGCGCAACGGCCCGGCCGGCUUUUGUCAGGCCAGCGCCCGCCAGUGGGAGAUGAAGGCCUGCAGCCCGAUGGCCUGCUGCCCCCGUAAGCAUCUCGGCUCUGCUAUUGUGGCUCUUUUCUCUCUCUCUUUUUUAAAAAACUUUUAGAUUCAAAAUUAAAACAAAACAUAUUAUCCAGAAACACACCAUCCUUAUUUCCCCCCCAUUUUUCCUCCCUCCCCCCACCCUCCCACACAAAACCCACCCCCCCACCCCCCAGCUUCCCUCAGUUCCAGUCUUUGAUUUCUCUAAGAAAGCAGUUUUCUGCAUGUUACACAAUUGUAUAGAUCCUCAAACUAUUUAACUGAUUAUCAUCAUUAGAAAAGUUUGUGAAUGUUUAUUCAAAGCCAGCCAAGGAGUCCGGUUGGCUUUGUUGUGUCUUCAAAUACUUUGUAUUGGGUUCCCAUUCAUCCUUAAAGUCACAGUUAUCCUUGUCCCGUAGCUUGUAUGUCAAUUUUGCCAGUUCUGCAUAGUCCAUCAAUUUUUCUUGCCAUGAUUCUUUAGUUGGGGUUUCUUCAGUCUUCCAUCCUUGUGCUAUUAGAACUCUCACGGCUGUUGUCACAUACAUGAAGAUGUUUUUCAGCUUUUUGGGCAGAUCUUUCCCUACAAUCCCUAACAAAAAUGCUUCAGGUUUUUUAAACAAAUGUUAAAUGGAACAUUUUCUUCAAUUCAUUGUAUAUCAUUUCCCAAAAUUUUUUAAUUACAUUGCAAUCCCACCACAUAUGAUAAAAUGUCCUUUCCUUUUCCUUACACUUCCAACAUAUAUUUGAACUAGUUUUGCACAUUUUCCCUAACUGCACUGGUGUCGUGUACCAUCUGUACAUCAUCUUCAUGUAAUUCUCCUUCAGUAGGGAACAAUCUGCAAAUUUUACAUCAGUUUUCCAUAAUUUCCCCCAAUCUUCCAUCAUAAUGUUGUGAUCUACAUCUUGUGCCCAUUUAAUCAUAACUGAUUUUACCUCUUCAUCUUUCAUCUCCCAUUCUAAUAAUAUUCAGUAAUUUCACUUUCCCUUUGAUCACUUCCGUUUGAAACCUAGAUCUUGUGUAACUGAAUUCUUUCUCACUGUCUUCUUUAUGUGUUUCAUAUAGCUGUCGAUAAUGCAACCAACUCUGAAAGUGGUCUUUGAUCUCAUCGUAAUCUCUUAAUUUCCAUUUUCCAUCAUGGUCCUUUAAUAAAUCAACAUAUGUGAGCCAUUUCCCUUUCUUUCCAAGUGGUUUGAGCGACUGCUUCAUGUGGUGAAAGCCACUACGGGGUCUUUUGUUCCAAUAAGUCUUUGUAUUUCUCCCAUACUCUCAUUAGUGAUUUCCUAAUUAUAUGGUUGUAAAAACUUCUAUGAACCUUCCCUUUUCCGUACCAUAAGUAUGCGUGCCAGCCGAAUCUCUUGUCAUGUCCUUCUAGCUCUAAUGCCUCUUGCUUAUCCAAUCUCAUCCAGUCCCUGAUCCAAACCAAACAAGCAGAUUUAAGGUCUGGGAGGGCAAACCCGCCUCUGUCUUUUACGUCUGUAAGUAUUUUAUGUUUUAUGCUUGGCCUUCCCCCCCCCCCCCCCGAUAAAUUUUGAAAUCUCUUUCUGCCAUUUCUAAAAACAUUCAUCUUUCAGAAUGACUGGUAUCGCUUGAAAAAGAAAUAGCAUUUUUGGCAACACAUUAAUUUUAAUCGCCAAUAUUUUUCCUAACAAUGAGAGAUUCAUUCUACUCCAUAUUUCUAAAUUUUGUUUAACCUCAAGCCAAAUUUUUUCAUAGUUAUUUUUAAAUAGGUUUAUAUUUCUUGAUGUUAACCAAAUCCCUAAAUAUUUAACCUUUUUAUGGACUUCAAUCGCAAUGUUUUGUUCUAAUUCGGUUCUUUCUUCUUCCUUCAUGUUUUUAAUGAAUAAUUUAGUUUUAUUCCUAUUUAACUUAAAUCCUGCCACCUCCCCAAAUUUCUGAAUUUUUUCUGUUACUUUAGGGAGUGAGGUUUUAGGUUCUUCCACUGUUAUCACUAGGUCAUCUGCAUACGCUUUUAACUUGAAUUCACUUUUCCCAGUUUUUACCCCUGUGAUUUCUUUAUCCGCUCUUGAACUUGGGGUGAAGCCAGACAUCACUUUGAAGUCACCCAGGGUCCUUUAACUUGGGCUGAACACAGCUUCCUUUCAGCUACAGAGUUUCUUGCUCAGAUAUACAUUCUUGUUAUCAGGUUGUUUUCCAUUCCAUCUGGUCUCUAAGAACUACUAUGGUAUGCUAAGAUCUAGGGCCUGAGUUUACUUGUUUUCCUCUUUGCUCCUCAUCCAUUUCCCCCUUUGUAUUGUGCUUUUUAGUUUGUAAGUCUUCAUCAGGGGCUGCCUUGUUUUUAUUUACCGUAUUUUUCGCUCCAUAAGAUGCACCUGACCAUGAGACGCACCUAGUUUUUAGAGAGGGAAAGCAAGAAAAAAAAUAUUCUGCGCAGAGCAUGUAAGUGGCUCUUGCUUUUCUUGCUUUAAACCCUUCCGUCGCUCCUCCUGCUUCACUGAGAAGCCAGCAGAGCAAACAGCGCAGCUCUCGCUGAAGCCAGCAGAGCAAGAGCAAUAGCUGCACAGCGCCUCUUGUUCUGCUGGCUUCCCAGCAAAGCGGGAGGAGCGAUGAAAGGCAGCCCUUACAAGGGAGCGCUGAGCAGAGUCUGGCAGCGGCUCUUGCUGGCUUUUCUGGGAGAUUUGGGAAGGGACAGAGGGCAGCCUGUCAGUCCCUUCUCCCACCUCGCGGAAAAGCCCCCAAGAGUCGCACACACGCUAGGCGUGGCUCUUUAAAGGGAGCGCUGAGCAGAGCCUCCCACCUGCUUUCACUCUAUAAGACGUACACACAUUUCCCCUUACUUUUUAGGAGGGAAAAAGUGCGUCUUAUGGAGCGAAAAAUACGGUAUCUUAUGCAAGCUUCUCUGGGAGACUUUUUGACUGAAGAGCAGGGUAAAAAUGCUGUAAAUAAAUCAUUAAUAUUUAUAAUUAAAUCCACAUGGAAACCAGUUGCUUCUCUUCCUUAUCUGUAAAACCAAGGGGUUUUUGUUUGUCUUAACAUUUUGUAGGGACAAACAGGGCCAGGUAAAAUUUACCCAUAACUAGAAUCCAGCCCACAAGUUGUGCAUCUCCAACCUAAAAUUUCAGUUCUCAUAUAGUGCAACCUUACACCUGUCUGCUCAGAAGUGAGUUCUCUGUAACAGGCUCCCAGGUAAGUGUGUUAGUACAGGUGGGGAGCCUGUGGCUCUUCAGAUGGGGCUGGACUCUCAGCUUCCAUCAUCCUGACCCCUGGGCCUGCCGGCUGGAACUGAGCUGGAGUCCAACAACAUCUGGAAGACCACCAAUUCCCCAUCCAUGAUAUAUGCAGUGGUGGAGCUUCAUGCUCCGGCACCAGGGGGCGGAGAGCAGGUGUGGGCGACGUGCAUCCCAGGGGUGUGGCGUGCCGCGGGGGCGGGGGGCAGCCAAGAUGGCACCCCCCCCGGAGCACGCUGCCGAGGGCAGUGCACUUCCCCCUCCCCCAUCUUCCUCCGCCAGUGGAUAUAUGGAUUGCAUCCUGAUCACACUGUAGCUCACCUGUUUGCUUAUAUGAUGAUAACUUCCCAUUACUGUGGAUUCUUGUAGCUGCUGAAUUCCUCUCCCACCCCACUUUGAUUUGAUUUAAAUAUAUGAGAUGAAUCUUCAGCUUUCAGCUUCGCUAAUAGCUCCCGCUUUCUGUCUUCUGAAUAUAUCCGCUAUCUGGAGAGCGGCUGCCAGUCAGUCUGUGGACAACAGUGGGUUAGAUGGGCAGGCUUGCUUGCUUCCUAAGAGCAUUUCUGCAGAAAAGACUGGGCUUCAUGAAGAGAAUUCAGGGCACGUCAAGGAAGCUAUUCAUCCCAGUCUUCACUGAUGCCGCCCCUUAUUUCCUUGCAGGGGUGGGAGGCUGGUCAGCCUGGGCUGCCUGGAGUCCCUGCUCUGUGACUUGCCUCAGAGGGCUGCAGACAAGGAAGCGCACUUGCACCAAUCCAGCACCAGACUGUGGAGGCAGUUGCCUAGGAGACGGCGCCGAACAACGGUCCUGUGACACCAACCUGAUCUGCCCAAGUAGGUUUUUGACAGAAAUAUUGGAAAAUAAGAACUGGGUCAAAGGAUGUCAGGAAGGGAAGGAAAAUGGAUGCAAUGAGAGGUCAGAAAGUUGAAAUGGAGGAGGGAGCAAGGCUGUACAUGUAAUAUGGAUUAAUCAGCUACAUAUAUAGUUGAUUAUUGCCUUCCCCAGAGAGGUGCACCUGGUGUCUUUUUUGUGGUCUUUCUGGUACCUUUUUAUUCACUAAGGUGAAUGAAGCUUGAGCUUGUGUUUCGAAACAAACCCUAGGGCUAGGCCUUCACAGUUUUAAUAUUGUUUUAAAUAAAGCUUAUGCUCGCCAUCUUUCAGGGAGAAAUCCUAUACACAAUAAGCCAGCAUAAGUUAAGCUCGUGUACAGAACACCAGAUCCAAAUUCUGUUCAGGAGCAGGGCUGCUACCAGCUGAGCUGGCCUAAACCUGGCAGAGGGAAAACAAGCCUUCAAAAUAGUCUUUAGAGUUCAGAGAUCCACUGGAUCCUAACCACACUCAUCCUGGUGGAUAUUUCUAUAGGAUCACUCUCUUAGUGGGGUUUUGAAAUGAGCUGCAAAUUAUUUAAUUCUGCUUCUUCUAGGAUUUUUUUUGGUGUUGCUGUGUUUAUUGACUUUUUGUUUUGUUUCAAUUGUUGUAUCUUGACUUUUAAAAAAUACUGGAUGCUUAUUUUUAUUUUGUAAGCCACCAAAAGAAUUUCACUGGUAGGUAACCAUACAAAAUGAUCCAAGAAAUGGUUAUAGUGGUGUUUUUUUAAAAGGCUGUUUUACUUUUGGGGGAGUUUUUUUUUUUACUGUGGUACAGUACAAAAAAUGAAAAUGGUAAAAUCAAUCUUUCCUUCUGUCCAUGAGUGGCAGCAUUUAUGUAUAAGUUCUUACACUUAUACAUAAAAGUGUAAGUUCUUACACUCCUUUGAUCCGUUAAAAAGGCGAUGGGAAUGGAUGGAGGAGAGGGAAUCAGAGUGGGGGCUUGGGGUGCUGAACGCAUUAAAGGAAAUAUGGCUGGUAGAGCUUUGCUGGGACCGGAUGAUCUGAUGGAGAAGAGAGACGGGACAGUUUGGAGCAAGGAUGGAGGGGACACAGGUCUUAGGGAGGUGAGGUUUGCUUGCCUUCUUUCUGCACAGCCCAUCCUGACCCACACCGCCUCCCCCUCACACCCCUCAUCUUUCUGUGCUUGCUUCUCUUUUCACACAGCCCAUGGAAACUGGGGCAACUGGGGCAACUGGGAACCUUGCCCUGCCACCUGCAUUCCCGAGGGCUCAGGGCCACAGCCCAGGCAGCAGCGCCGGCGUCAGUGUAACAGCCCCCCACCUUCCAGAGACCCCCCUGGAAACCCCUGCCCUGGAGCUGACCAAGACUACCGCUCCUGCAGCGGACUGCCCUUCUGUCCACGUAAGGAAAGAAAGCUGCCUCAUUUACCCAGCCCUCCUCCUGCAAGCAGCUUGCGGGUGAUGACCCUGUUGCCUCUGAAGAAACAAGCCCCCCCCCCCCUUAUGGAUUUAUUUAGUGUGUACCUAUUUGUGCCAGUUCUAUAUCACAAAGUGUAUUUUAAAAAUAUCUCUUAGCGGUGUACAGAUAACUAAAGCAACAACAAUGCAAAGAGCAGAAAAUAUUACAAAAGUACAGCUAACAUAUACAAAUCUUACAUUAAUGCAUAUGUGAAUGUUAGAUUCUUUGCUGUCUCUGGCCAGCCGGAUCGUGAUCCAGAAAGGAAAUGGGAAAAGAGACUGGCCUGUCCCAAUGCUUUCCAAAGCGACAGACCUAGUUUAUAGGCUGGGGAUGGAUGUAGCAGUGAAAACCCCUUUAACCCUUGACCAUUGUCCAUCCUGACGGCUGGGGCUGCUGGGAGUCCAAGAAACUCUCAACGACCACAGUUUUCGUAGCCCUGCUGCAGGGAGUUUCCAAAUGAAUUUCUGUUGCGUCCUGGACAAUGUAGUUCCACACUUGAUGGGCCACAGCGAUGCCCAUUUAGAGCUUGUGCUUGUCUGAGCAAGUCCGACUGGGGGUCCAGAGUUCUUUGUGUUGCCCCACAGAGGACGGCAGCUGGGGCAGCUGGAAGCCCACUGGCUCUUGCUCGGUGACCUGCGGGGUUGGCCGAACGGUGGAGAAGCGUCUGUGUGACAGCCCUGCGCCAAAGCAUGGAGGGAAGUUCUGCCCUGGUCCAGACACCCACACCGACACCUGUAACACCAGGACGCCCUGCCCAGGUAAUGGGGAAGGAAGGAGAUAUGGCAGGGGCAGCUCUUGUGGGUGGGAAUCUAGAGCCAGACUGCAAAGCCUGCCCCGCUCGCUUGCUCCUGCCUGGCUGCUUCCAUUCCCUCCAGCUCCCAGUGCCCACUGCCAUCUGCGGCCCUCCUGCUACCACUUUCUGGCUUUCUUCUGCUGGUGAAUAUUGCCCCUUCUUCAGAAGGCUUGUGUCCCUCAUGUUGUGAAAUUCAGGAAUUGAGAGGUGAAGGGGAGCCCCACUUAUUCCCAAACUAGCCAGAAGAACUAAAUGGAACCUCCAUGUACAGAGGCCGUAUCGCUUUGAAUGAGGUGCUUUGGGAUUGUUGCCACUCUGAGCUGUCACAUGUUGAGGAGACUGUGGAGGUCUGUCUGUACAUCUCUGGGCUGUGGCCAGGCUUCUUCUGUGAGUUAUUCCACUUCCCUUUAAAAAGAGAUCAUGCAAAUACUCUGCUUAGCUGCUUGCUAAGAGGUCAGCCUGCUCCUGCCUGCUGACCAAUGGGGAUGAGGCCUGGCCAGCUCCAGGUUUGAGGGGGUCUCCUUUGGCGGUCUCCUUCUAUCUCCCUUGCCCUGCCUGUGGCUACGUCUGGGAACUGCCAUGUAAAUUUCCUACCAUGCCCUGAAGUGACACUAUUUGGGGGGUCAGGGCAGCCAACAUGGGGGUGCUGCGGAUGGAGGCUGCAUGCUGACUCUGGGGCUGGUAUAUUUCGCAAACAUCUGGAUAGCUGGAAUUUACAUUUUAUUUAAUUAAAAUCUUAAUAGAAUAUAAUAACACAGGUGAUAAUGAAAAGGGUCCAGCUGUUUAUUCAUGAAAAGUUUCAUGCCAUGGAAUCUUCCUGCUUUGCUGGGUCUGCUUACGGGUUGUGGUCAUGUGUUGUUUCUGACUUUAGGCUAUAUUUUUGUAACUUGAUGAAAUCUUUUUAUAAUUUGAACAAUCAAUGCUUUAAAAGUUAGUUUUAAAGUUCAGUUGGUAAUUUGGGGUGGAGGUACACACUUAACAACUACAUAUAUGGAUGUGUGUGAAACAGCGUGCAAUUUCUUUGAUCCAUACCUCUAGGAAAGAAUUUAUAUUUAAUUAUUCAUUGUGCAUGGACAUAGACGCUGAGUAAUAGGGGUCUUAGAGUAGGUCCCCUGCAAGAAGGCCGUGGGUAUAGAAUGAAAACGGGCCAUUGUAAACGCUCUUCUCAAGUUGGGCUCCGUCAGGUCUAUCAAGUAGUUGGCAAGUGAUCUUACCACUUUCACUUUAGGGAGCCACAUGGAGAGGCGAGCUGAGGUGGACUGUGCCCGGUCCAUGGCCUCAUCUCUUAUAAGAAUCCAGUCCCGGAUUUUAUGUUGGUCCCAAGAUGACAACGUGUCGAAUUCUGGGAGGGAGUAGCGUACAGUAAUAGUCUCCAUGGCCUUGGACCAUUUGUUGGAGUGAGAACAAGUUAAAAAGGCUUGCCUGGCUAGUAGGGAACCUGGGGCAUUGAUUAAUUUGCAAUAAAAACUAAUAAUUCUAAUAUGGGCUCUCGCAACAAUGGAGGGGAGGCCCAGUUCUGUUCUUAACUGAGCAGCAACCGAGCCCUUGGGGAGACCCAGUAUCUUUCGUACAAAAGAGUUUUGUAGAAUCUCCAGCCGUUGAAGUGUUUUUAAAUUCCACCCCCAGAUUUCAACCCCAUACAGUAACAUCGGGAGGACUUUGCUAAUAAAUGCUUUUCUGAUUGGUGGAACCAACUGGCCGCCUUUUGCAUAGAAGAAUUUCUCCAAGGCUUUGAUGGUUCUACGGGCAGCCAGGAUGGUCAUAUUUAGGUGAGCUGACCAGCUAAGCCCAUGCUGAAAAGUGAUUCCCAAAUACUUGAAAGCUGAGCAAUAUUCAAUAGAGUGGCCCUCAAAGUUCCAGAAUGACUUCCGAGUUUUCGUGCCAAAAGUAAGAAUUUUGGUUUUGGCGAAAUUGAUUUUGAGGGAAUUGGUAUCACAAUAUGUCAUGAGCCCUCUGAGCAUGUUGUUUAAGCCCUGCUUGGUUAAAGACAGUAUCACCAUGUCGUCCGCAUAGAGUAAUAUGGGGAUCUUGAGCUGUUGUAGAGGGGGCAGAUUGAUUUAGGGCCUGCAUAGUUGUAACAAUGUCGUUGAUAUAGAAAUUGAAUAGAAAAGGGGCCAAGAGGCAGCCCUGUUUGACCCCUUUAUUCAGAGGGAAAGAAUCAGAAAGAGCUCCCAGGGGGCCAGAUUUUACUCUGGCCGAUAUGUCAUUGUGAAUUUCCAUAAGAAGAAGGAGGAGUCUCUUAUCUAUGUUGGUGUAACUAAGCUUCUGCCAUAGCCUAUCUCUGGGAAUGGAGUCAAAAGCGGCGGUCAGGUCCACAAAAGCCGCGUGUAGUUUGCAGUUAAACCUGUUUAAGUAUUUAUCAAUCAGGGUAAAUAGAACAAGACAUUGGCCAGAUGUACUGUGACCUUUACGGAAGCCAGCCUGUUCCGGGUGGAAUAGCUUUGUUUCUUCUGCCCACUCGAUUAAUUUCUCUAGCAAGAAUCUAGAGUAAACCUUGUAUGAUAUGUCUAGCAGGCUGAUGGGUCGAUAGUUACGCGGAUCUUGUGGGUCCCCCUUUUUAUGUAUUGGGAUGACUAUGCUCUGUUUCCAAUUUGGCGGGAUCUUAAGAGUGGCAUUAAUAGUGGUAAGAGAGAUGCAAAAAUAGGGGCCCACCACAUCUGGUUCAAUAAGAAUACCUCGGGUGGAAUCAUAUCCUCCCCCGGGGAUUUAUCCCCUGAUAACAUGCUAAUUAGUUGUACACAUCUCUCUGGGGAAACUGGCUCCCAGGUGGGCAAGGGAGAUGCGGGAAGAGUGGAAACUGCGUUUACGUCGGAGUCUGGGGCAGAAUACAGCUGAGCAAAGUGAGAGUGCCAACUGGCUGCUGUGAUGUUAUUAACGAUGAAUGAGGGGGGUCUUAAACCUGCAUUAAUUAAAUUCCAGAAUUUCUUGUCGUCACGGGUUUUAAUGGCCACUGACAAUGCCGUCCAGCGUUCUUUCGCAAAGAUCAAUUUCUUAUGUUGGAGCAACUUCUUGUAGUAAGAACGGAAUUGGGCUAACUCCCUGAUUUUGCUCUGGGUGCUGUCUGAUUUCAUAUCAGACUGAAGAAAUCUAAGCCUACUUCUGCACUGUUUGCAUUCUUGGUCGAACCAAGUUUGGUUCUUCCAGGUUAGACUCGCACGGGAGGGUUUCGUAAGUGUUGGGAGCAAGUAGGCUAGAAUUUGUUGGAAACUUGAGAAAUGAUUCACAUUCAUUGUUACCAGCUGAGCUUUCAGGGCUAGGAUCUCAGGGGAAUUUAGGAGGACUUUUAUGUCUUGCUCCAAAUAGAUAUCCCACUUCUUACGACCGGGGGCUAAGGUCAGUGAAUCCUGGUGGGGGAGUGAGCUGGGGGCCCCAGCUGUGUGUGGUGGAAGGAGAUGGCAAUAGGAAGGUGGUCACUUUCGGUUCUGUUGAACACAUUGAAACAAUAUGCCUUAUCAUUAAGUGCCGAAAAGGACCAGAUAUAAUCUAUAACGCUUGCCCCUCUAGAUCCUAGAAAAGUAUAGUAUUCCCGGACCAGUCUUUGGGUGUACCAUGCAAGCUGUGCAGCCCGCAGUUAAUGGUAAACUCCAACAGUAUGAUGCCAGCCCUAUUAAUGGUCUUGUCAUGUGAAUUCCACGUAGGAAACCACUCCUCUUCUAUGAAUAGUUGCGACUUAUCGGUGAAUGAGCUUAUAUCUGCUCCGAUUCUGGCAUUAAAGUCCCCCAUUAUGAGGAUCUCUGACUUUGGGAAUUCAGCCACAGAUUUAUCAAGGAUAAAUCUUAGAUCCUCCCAAAACCGAUUUGUAUGGGAAGAGGAGUAGGUAGAUGGAUUGUACAAAUUAACACAUAUGAAGUCCCCAACCCCAUACUAGUUUUUUGGUGCUGGCAACCAAAUCUUUGUAUUAUUGUCUUAGGGUGUUUUAAAUGUCAUUACGCCAGCAAUAUCGCUUUGAAUUUUGCUUGGUUGCUUGUCCCCAACAUUUUUUUUGUAUUGUCUUAUUUUGCUAUGGCUGUAUGCUAAUGCAGAUUUAAUAAAUAUAUAUAUAUAUAUAUUUAAUUAUAACCCUGGUCCCAAGGGCCGCUCCAAGUUACAAUACCCCUCCCCCUCCCUGUGAAUCUGCUUGACAUCAAGGUAGACAACUUCAGGCCUUGGGCCAAAUGUGGCCCCCCAGACUUCUCUAUCUGGCCCCUGGAAUGCUCCAGCUGCACCCCACAUAGCUCCUGCUCUGCCCGGAACAUGCCCCUUCUUUUUCUGUUCUCUCCUGUAGCGAUUUUUGCCUGGUUGUGUCCUUGAACUGGGAUGGUGACUCUCAUUUCCCUGGAUGGGGGGGGGGGUGUCUGACUACGGUGGGGGGUGGCCCUCAAGUCCCAUCCCCGGACUGUGGGGCUGGCUGCCCUUGCCCACCGUCAAAGCUGGCUGGCAUUCUUUUUGACCCUCCUCCUUCUCCCGCAAUGCCACACAGUGGACGGGCGCUGGAGGGAGUGGUCCGAAUGGAGUGUCUGUGAGAGGAAAGCCAGUAAUAUCAGGAUCGCCUGCGAUGAGCUGACUGGACUUCAGGCGAGAACCAGGACAUGCGUUGGACGGGCGCAUGAGGGCAAGCGCUGUGUGGGGCCAACCAUGGAUAUCAGAAGCUGCUACAAUGUCCAGUUAUGCUCUUGUGAGUAUUGGGGAUAAAAAGAGGUGGAAGGAGCUACCCAUAUGAAAGGCUAAGCUUCAGAAAUGCCACAUAAGGGUGAGCCUGGAGGAUGGGAGGGUGCUGGGAGCCCCGGGUAAUCUGAGUUUUCUUUUUGUCUUCCCCACCCACAAUGUGAUGGCCAUUUCUUGGGUGGCUUGUUUAAAAAGAAAGGAAAGAAAGAAAGAAAGAAAGAAAGAAAGAAAGAAAGAAAGCAGAAUUAGGCACUUGUUUUGAGUAUAGGUCACUCUGUUAAAAACUAGCCAGGAUAUUUAAAUGGAACCUCCAUAUUAAAGAAGCCGUAUUUCUUUGAAUAAGCUGCCAUAGGGGUGUUGCUAGAUCCCCCAAAGACUCUGGCCCACAACACACGUAUGCUAAAACCAGCAUAUGCUGAUGUAUAGAUGUGCACAGAUGUGAGCACUGAGGGAAAGUGGCCUUAUAUAUAUAAAAAAAGGAUUUUCAAUUCAGGUAGAAGGGAGGAAAGUGCCAAACACCUGGGGCUCAGGCCUCCUGGACAAUACUCCUGAAGUGCUGGGUGGUGAAUGAGAGGCUGUGUCCUGCUUCUGAGAGCCCAAAGACUCCUCCACUGGAAGCAGAAUGCUGGGCAUGGAUGGUGCAAUCUAAUAAGGCCAUUCAUGAUUCCUCUAUCAUGUGGAUUUUUAAAAACAACAGCAACAAAGAUUCUACUUUUUGAUAUCUCUUUCCUUUUUUUAAAUAAUUUUUUAUUGGAUUUUACAUUUUUAUCACAUUGCCACAUAUCAAAAUCAACAAAAUACAUUCCCUCAAUUUCCCCCCUCCCCCCGACUUCCCUCAACUUCCUUUUCUGGUCAGUCCCCCGUCCCCCCCCCCCAUUAAACCCUGCCUGCUUUCAGAUAUUGUCCAUAUUGUCCAUAUUGAUAAUUAUUAUUUCUGUUGUUAAUUGUAAAUGUUUACUCAAAUCCUGGUAGUGAGUUUAGAUCUUUACAUUGUUACAUUGUUUCUGUAAGUACAACAUGAAAAGUUCCCAUUCUUUCUUAAAUUCUCUCUUGAGUCUCGUGAGUCUUUCUGUUUACUUUGCCAUCUCAGCAUAUUCCAUUAAUUUUUGUAGCCAUUCUUCCUUAGUUGGUAUUUCUUCGCUUUUCCAUCUUUGGGCUAAUAACCUCCUAGCUGCAGUUGUAGCAUACAUAAAGCGUUUCUUCUUUUCUCUUAGUAAAUCUUAACCUGUAAUACCUAAUAAAAAAGCUUCUGGUCAAUUUAAAUAUUUUCUUAAUUUCAUUACAAAUCAUAUCCCAAUACUUAUUAAUCAGUUUGCAAUUCCACCACAUGUGAAAAAGUUGCCUUCAUUUUCUUUACAUUUCCUUUUCUUUACAUUUCCAACACUUAUUUGAACCUGUUCUAUACCUUUUUGCUAUUUUUUUCUGGUGUAAUACUCUGGUCCAUGGGGUCACGAAGAGUCGGACACGACUAAACGAAUAAACAACAACAUCAUUUUAAUAUAAUUCUCUUUUAUUAAAAUACAAUCAGUAAAUUUCAAAUUUACUCUCCAUAAUUUUUCCCAUUCUUCCAUUUCUUUAUUGUGUCCUAUAUCUUGCACCCAUUUAAUCAUUAUACUUUUUACCUCUUCAUCUUUUGUUUCCCAUUCUAAUAAUAAAUUAUUUGUUUUCUUCAACAAUUUGGUAUUAUCUUCUAUAAUUUCUCUUUGGAAUCUUGAAAUAUUCAAGCUAAAACCUUUUUAAAAUCUUUUUAAAUACCUCAUUUAAUUGACGAUAUUGCAGCCAAUCAUACACAUAUUCUUUAAUCUCCUCAUAUUCUUUCAGUAUUAACUUCCCUUCCUUUUCUAUUAACAAAUCUCUAUAUGUAGGCCAUAUUUUCUCCCUAUUUAUUUUUUUGAUUGAAAUUACUUCUGUAGGGGAAACCUACCAUGGGGUCUUUAGUUCUAAUAGUUCUUUAUGUUUUCCCCAUGCCCUUAAAAGUGAUCUCCUAAUUAUAUGAUUAUAAAAUGCUUUCUGUAUUUUCCCUUUGUUGUACCACAAAUAUGCACGCCAACCAAAUCUAUUGUCGUGCCCUUUCAAAUCUAAUAAAUCUGUGUUUUUUAAUUUUAUCCAGUCCUGGAUCCAAGUUGUGCAUCUCCAACAUAAAAUUUCAGUUCUCAUAUAGUGCAACCUUACACCUGUCCGCUCACAAGUGAGUUCUCUGUAACAGACUCCCAUCUCUUAGGCCUUUUGGUUAAGAUCAAGUGUAGUAUCUGAUAUCUCUUUCCAAACAGAUACAGCCCUAGUGAGCUGUAGACAUGAGGCACGAUGGCAGAGGGUAGGUGAGCCAACCGCCUCUCCCUACCUGAUUAUUGCCCCUUGCUUUUGAAUGCCUGGCCCAAAGCCACCCUGUGUGCUUCAGGUUGAGCAGGGCUGCAUCUACACAACUAUAAGAAAUGCUCUGAAUUUUUUUUAAAAGCUCAUAAUGGAAAAUUUUAUAGUUCUGAUUCCAGCUGUACAGGACCAUCUGGUAUCACAUGUUAUAAUGCAUUUAUAACAUUUUAUUUUUACCAUGCAGCUGAGUCCCAUGUCUUUCUGGUCCCUUUCUGAGGCUCUCACUGCCAUGCCCCACUGGUUCUUCAGAUACUCUACUUGUCAUAUUGACACCAUAUUGAUACUCCUUUAAUAGUUGUAAUGCUUUCCCCCAGAGCAUCCUGGGAGCUGUAGUUUGUUAAGGGUUCUGAGAGCUGUUGGGAGAACCCUCACAGAGCUACAGUCCCCUUCAUGGUAGUUGUUCAGUAGGCAGAGGUGGAGUCAAGGGAUGCCAAGCCUGUGGGUCUGAUUUGUGUGGCUUCUCUCAGUGAAAGGAGCCUGGACAGAAUGGAGCCCAUGGGGCCUCUGCAACCCGCCCUGUGGGGAGAAGCCCAUGAAAUCUCGUAAGAGGGAGUGCAAAGCCAUCUACCCCAAUUACCCGUGAGUAUGAAAUGAGGGAAGGGCAGUGUGUGUGUGUGUGUGUGUGUGUGAGAGAGAGAGAGAGAGAGAGAGAGAGAGAGAGAGAGCUGAGUUGAGUUGAGGGAGAGAGAAAUAGGGAGUUGUUUCAUUUUUGAAGGGCAAGCCUGCGAAACCACUUUCUGACUUGCUUAACUGGCCAGCUGCAGCUAGUGCAGAAUUCAUGUAUUUAUCUGACAAGAGUUAAUAGGCAAAAACUACUUGGCAGUUUGCACAAAACAAUAAAGAAUGUUCACAGUUCAAGUAGGACACUGACAAACUGGAACGUGUCCAGAGGAGGGCAACCAAAAUGGUCAAAGGCCUGGAAACGAUGCCUUAUGAGGAACGGCUAAGGGAGCUGGGCAUGUUUAGCCUGGAGAAGAGGAGGUUAAGGGGUGAUAUGAUAGCCAUGUUCAAAUAUAUAAAAGGAUGUCCCAUAGAGGAGGGAGAAAGGUUGUUUUCUGCUGCUCCAGAGAAGCGGACACGGAGCAAUGGAUCCAAACUACAAGAAAGAAGAUUCCACCUCAACAUUAGGAAGAACUUCCUGACAGUAAGAGCUGUUUGACAGUGGAAUUUGCUGCCAAGGAGUGUGGUGGAGUCUCCUUCUUUGGAGGUCUUUAAGCAGAGGCUUGACAACCAUAUGUCAGGAGUGCUCUGAUGGUGUUCCUGCUUGGCAGGGGGUUGGACUCGAUGGCCCUUGUGGUCUCUUCCAACUCUAUGAUUCUAAUAUUCUAAUAAUACUGAUAAAAAUCACACAUGAAAAACAAAUGGGCAUACAAUUUAUCAAAAUAAAUAAAAUCAGAUUGGAAACAGAUAGGCUGUUGUGAGUUUGAGCAGGGAGGGGUUAGGCUGUAUGAUGACUGAGUCCCUUCUAAUUCCUGGGGUCCUGGAUGCAGCAAGGGUUAAAAUCCAAUGAGGGAUUCCAUUGCUGGAUUAUCCAGGAAAGGGUCCUAGUUACCCCCUAAGUCUGGCCCUGAAUAUAAAGACACCUGAGUCUUUCGCAAUCACAUGCAAAACCAGUACAAAAGGUAGCCAGCAACAAUAUCUGGGGUGCUCUGAGCCAGAAUCCAGUGGGGUGAAGUCAUGUCUUCCUUAAAAAAAACACAACUCUUGGUAACUGAAGUGUGCUAAGCGUACUGAGAGUUGUUAGGACAGUCAAUUGGUCUUCCCGGGGACUCUGGGAAUUGCAGCUCUGUGAGGGGAAUGGGGUAGGGUCUCCUACAAGCGCUCCUUAAAAAACUGCAGCUCCCAGAAUUCUUUGGGGGAAACCAUGACUGUAUAAAGUGGUAUGGCACAGCCUUAAAUGUGCAGUGGUACCACACGCUGUGUUGGGAGGUGGGGGAAGACAUAUCCUGCUGGAGUUGUCGUGUUGUUAUUGUCUCAGAGAAGCCAGUUUGGAGGAACAGGGGAGGGGAGUGUGACCUCCUAAGCCAAGCAGCCCCUUCAUUGUGAUCCUUUCUCUCUGGCUUGCAGAAUGACAGUGGAAGGAGAGAACGGGAAGGUACUGAACGUCAGCUUCUGGGGGCGCCCAAGACCCAACUGCCAGCCGCUGGAUGGACAGGGGCUGGUGGUGGAGGAGCAAGCACCAUGCCAAAAUGUGCCCCCCUGUGAAGGUGAGUUGGUGGCGAUCUUCUGGGGAGGAGAAAACAAUGGGGGAGCCCAGCAUUUCCCCUGGAUUUAACCACGUUUCUCUCUCUUUCUCUCUGCCCCCCACCCCCAGACUGAUUUUGAAGAAACUGUGGGUUUCAGUGCUGGAGACUACCAGGAGCCAGGCUAAUGUCAGCUUCCUUUCAUCUUUGCAACCCCCAAUAGCUGCUUCCUCUUUUUGAAAUGGUGACCUUGAGAACUGAGGAAUAAUCAGUACAAUAAGUUGCCUUAUAUGUCAACACACUGUGUAAUGUGGAUAUUAAUUCAUAUAAGCUUUCCCCCAUUUCAUAAGCAUUUUUUUCAUUUUCACAUAGAUAUAAUUCAUUGUAUGCUUGUUGGUUGUUGUUUAAUAUAUGAUUGUUAUUUUUGAAAUUAAAAAAAAAAUGCUUAGCAUGUCAGGCCAGUGUGUGUCCUAGGUGGGAGAUUUUAAUCACAUUAUGGAUUCUACUGUUUUCAUUUACUGUAAAAGCAACCACUACUCUGCAUCUGGAUGUUUUAGGCUGUUUGUUGAGAGCUCUGCUUGCAGACAGAUGAAUAUGGUGUAAAAGUAUGUACCUCCUAGUGGUGCAGCAAUAAAACUGCUCGCACAUUUGCAAAGCUAAGCAGGGUCCAGUAUGGUUUCAAAUGGGAUGGGAAACCAUGUCUUGAGAUUCCUGCAUUGCAAGGGGUUGGACUUACAAUUCUAUUAUUCUAUGUAGAUUGGCUGAAAAACAGUAUCUUUGACAAUAUGCUAAAAAAUUAGUAACAAUGACAGGAGCUUUGUAAAAAAGGCAAUAACCUCUCUAGCUAUUUGCUUGCCUGCCCUGUUGUCCUGGAAUGCUCUUAAAGGUUCUAAGUGUUCCAGAGUGAAAAGCAUUUCCUGGGCUGGGCUGUGUGCUGAGGUUGCAGAGGUAAUAGUAGGGCAGUACAUUCCAUUGUAGUGAUUAGCUGAGUAGGAAGGGAUGUCCUGGUAGACAAUCAUCUAUUUGGGUUGUUGCAUUUGGACUCAUCUAACACACAUAUCCCUGACACAAUAAAGUGGAGACCUCUGGGUUUUGCAUC